AUGUCUUCAAUUGGUCCACAAAUGCCACCGCAUCUCACAAAGAGAAAGCGCACUCCGGAUGACCAAGGCGCAAACUCACCACCACCAAAGCACACCCGCAACAACACUGACGAAAUCGACCUUGACGACGAUGACGACUCCGACGACGAUGCUUACGGACCGACCGCGCCGAGCGCAUCAGCCGCAGCAGCACCCAAGAAUCCCACCCCAUCAUCGAAGCCCUCGAUCGGGCCAACCCUCCCACCAUCAAACACAAUAAACUCGAGCGAAAUCCCUCUCGAUGAUUCAGACUCCGAAGACGGCUACGGCCCAACAGCACCUCGCGCAUCGGCACCAGCUCAAGAAGCCCCCAAGACCAAGCCCUCAAUAGGCCCGACUCUUCCCCCGAAACAAGCCAUAGGUCCCGCCAUGCCACCGCCAGACCACCGCCCCUCCGCCGCAGACUCGGACUCGGACUCGGAGGACGACUACGGCCCGGCCCUCCCCUCCUCAACAGCAUCCAUCCAACGAGCCCAAGCCGCCGCCGCAGCAGCAGCAGCGACGGCAUCCCAAGGCCCCGUGGCACCGCAGCGCGACGACUGGAUGCUCGCGCCGCCCACACAGUCAGGCUACCAGGAACGCGACCCAACAAAACUAAAGAACCGCAAAUUCGCCAGCGGGAAAUCCUCCGCCGCCGCCGCGGGAGGAGGUGGAGGAGGCAUCAGCAGCAUAUGGACCGAGACCCCAGAACAGAAGCGCAAACGCCUCGAGGACGCUGUCCUUGGCCGCGGCGAUCCGACGGCCGCGGGCAACGAAAGGAAUCAGCAGCCGCGCCGGACAAAGGAGGAGGUGGAGCGGGAGAGACGCAUCAGCGAGAAUAUCGCGAGCGCGCGUGGCAAAAGCAUGUACGAGGAGCACCAGGCAAACAAGAAGCACGGCGGGAAGCCUGGGAGGGAUGAGGACGAAGAAGAUGACCCCAGCAAAAGGGCUUUUGACAAGGAGAAGGACAUGUCCCUGGGAGGCAAGAUUGGGACAGCGCAGAGGAGAGAGUUGCUCAACAAAGCAAAGGACUUUGGUGGCCGGUUCCAGAAGGGAUCAUAUCUUUAA